CAGGUCUCAAGACUCUCAACUCAAAACAAAAGUUCCCCAAGUGUCAUAUCCUCCCAAAGUAACUGUUGCUUCUACUUCUUCCUCUCUAGCCCUAAGAUUUUCGGGAGAAACUUGGAAUGGUUUUUAUGAGCUAAAGAAAAAGGAAAUGGAGGUCUCCGAUGAUGAAGCAAAUAUUCUGUUGUUAGACCAAAUAGAGAAAGAAUCAUCUCAGCCUUUAGCACCGAAUGGUAGGAAAUUUGUGGAAGAAGUAUUGAGUGGUCACGACAACACAAAUUUUUGCGAGAACUUUCGUAUGACCAAAGAACACUUUUCCAAUUUAUGUGUCAUUUUACAAACUAAAGGACUAUUGCGACACACAAAUAGGAUCAAGGUUGAGGAAAAAUUAGCUAUUCUCUUGUAUACAAUUGGCCACAACCAACGUAUUCGAACAGUGCAGAAGCGGUUUAGUUAUUCCGGUGAAACCAUUAGUCGCCAUUUCAACAAUGUGCUAAAUGCAAUUAUGUCACUUUCUUCAGAUUAUUUUGAUACUCAAGAUCCUGAGUGCCCUCAAGAAAUUGUAGAAGAUACCCGAUUCUAUCCCUAUUUCAAGAAUUGUGUAGGCGUGGUAGAUGGGAUGCAUAUUCCAGUUAUGGUCGGUGUCGAUGAGCAAGGUCCUUUUCGUAAUAGGCAUGGAGUUCUUUCACAGAAUGUUAUGGCAGCUUGUUCCUUUGGUUCCCAGUUUCAGUAUGUUCUCGCUGGCUGGGAAGGCUCAGCAACAGAUUCAUGUGUACUUAAUGCUGCACUUACAAGGCAUAGCAAGCUUCGUGUUCCUGAAGGCAAAUUUUAUCUGGUUGAUGAGGACUAUAGAAACACGCCUGGUCUUAUCGCUCCAUAUCCUGGUGUUCGUUACCAACUGAGUGAAUUUUCAGGUGCUGAUGAUCUCCAAAAUGCUCAAGAGUUAUUUAAUUUUCGGCACUCAUUAUUGCGAAGCACCAUAGAAAGCACAUUUAAGAUAUGGAAAGCACGAUUCCCUAUUUUAACUGCGGCACCACUUUAUCCAUUACAAACUCAGGUGAAGCUAGUAAUAGCAACAUGCAUUUUACAUAAUUAUAUUCGGAAGGAGAAAGGCGAAGAUUGGCUUUUCAAUAUGUGCGAAGAUGCACUAUGGCAGCACACCGAGCCUACAGCAACACUUGCUGAGAAAGAAUCUGUAGCACAUGUUUCUGACAGCUAUUUAUCAGACUUCCCUUGCAGUGAGGUGGAGUUAGAGAUGGCUUCAGAGUUGCGGGAUUCUAUUGCUGCUGAAAUGUGGAAUGAUCACAUACGAGAUUCAUUGAAUUUAAGGUUCGAUCAUUAAAAUUGGGUGUUUGAGUGGUCCACAAACAAGGAAGGUUGUGCCAGGUCUAUAAUCUUUUGAAACCUGUUUGAGUGAAUUCAUAUUGGGAACACAGGAAACCUCAAGAAAUACUAUCAUAGGCAGCGUAUUUCUAUUGCUAUGGCAAUAUCAAGGUGGCCUGUUUCCUCCUCUUCUCAACUUGCACUCCUGCAGAUUUGACAUCAAAGAUUGGUCAGACUUUACUCAGUAGAUCUCGGGAAAAACAAUCCCAAUUGAAAGAAACAGGGUUGCUAAUCUUAUUUUGUUCGUUCAUGUUUCUCGUAGAAGUGAGGAUUAGGUUACAUAUGGGGAUGGUGUGUUUUUGUGUAUCAGUAGGAAAUAACUAGUAUAAAACUUGCCUAUGACAGUAAUGAGACGAUUGUUGUAAUAUAUUAGGAGCUGAAGCUUAAAUUCAAAUUGAUCAACUGAUGAAUGACAAUGCAUCUAAGGACAGUGAAGAGGAUAAUCAUUUUCA